AAAAAGCAGGCAGUACAGGAUGUACCACGAGCUGCAUGUAUCAGCAAAGGAACUUCUUCGAAGUGUUUGAAAGGCAGUUUGUCUUUUGUGGAUACAGUACCAAGAAGACUCGUACGUACGUGUGACAUUGUACUUCUUUUGCAUCUUCAUAAUCUUGACACUGAUACUAUAGUGAUAGGAUAUCUCCGGUGUUUGGGAAAAAAACUAUUGGCUGAGGCGAUUUUCGCACUGGAACUAUCUUUUAUUGCAAUAACACUGGUACGUGUAUUCAGUUUGACAUGUGGUAAUUUUCAGGGGACCCUCCAUCAUUUCUGCGACAGCCAAAACACAACAGUCAAGAAUUAAUUAGAAAUUCGAUUUCGACUAAAUAUUCGCAGUCAAGAAUCCCACAUUUAAACACUGGACUGACUUAGAGGUGAAUAUCAUCCACAACAAAGUGAAUCCAUUAGUCCCCACCUGGGCAGACAUGGCGUCUGGAGUGGCUAGUUCCCCAGCAGCUCUAGCAUGUGUUACUGGUUGUGAGCCCUUGCAUACAGCAAAGUGGCUGAGUCUGAAUCAGCUAACAUGGACUGACCCGUCCGGAAAGACGCGGCAGUGGGAGUCACUGUCACGCACCACACGGCGACCUGGUGCGGAUUCGGACGGUGCAGAUAUCAUAGCCACGAUAAAGAAGUCUGGUGAGGAGGACCGGCUCGUGCUGGUGAAGCAAUUCCGGCCGCCCAUGCGUGCCUGCACACUGGAAUUCCCCGCUGGUCUGAUGGACCCGGCCGAAAACGUGGAGACGACUGCUAUCCGCGAGCUCUAUGAAGAAACCGGCUACCAGGGCAGAGUGGAAAGAGUUAGCAAGGCGGUCAGCAUGGAUCCGGGUGCGUCUAACUGUGCAACUACCAUGGUUGUAAUACACAUUGAUGGUGAUGACGAGGUAAAUGUGAACCCGUCCAAGCACCUGGACGAGGGUGAGUUCAUCGAUGUCAUGUGCGUGCCAAUCAGUGGUCUCCUCGCUCGACUGGAAGAGUUGUCCGCGUCCAUGACUAUCGAUUCACGCCUGUAUGCCUUUGCACUGGGCUUAUCCUAUAGAUGAUGGGCCGGAUCUGGGUACUAUAGCUGUACUCACUCAGCCUUGGCUACAUACUACAUGCCAUCGCAGCCGAUGCCGAGUAUAUUCUCUGGAAGAACCUGCCUAAGGGACACUAUCAGUUGGAGUUAUGUUUUACUGUAUAGGGUUUUCCAGCCCAUCAGUUAAUUCUAGAUCUUUAUUCAGAUAUGUUUUACUGCAGCCCAUCAGAUGCUGUUCCAAUAAGAUAAUUCUUUUAUGGUAUUCUCUCCAUGGAUAUGUCGAAUUCAAUUUUUUUGGUUUUUUGUUCUUAGCAUGUGUUGUGUGAGACUGUGUGUACUGCAGACUCGACUGUUCACUGUAUGAAAUUUAAUUUUUGCUAGUUUUUUAGGUGGCAUGUUGUUUUUUUACGUGACUGUACGGCCAACGCUGUCCAACAUUCGCAAUGAUGUCACAUGCCGACAUGCACGGAGACAUGGAUGGUCCAUUUUAGUAUA